UGGGAUGGUUUAGAGAUCUAGUAUACCAGAAGCUUUCCUGGACUUCUUGGAGGACACCUUUCAACAUAAGAAAGACAUAACUAAUUUAAUAUUCACACACCUGUACUUUUAACAUGGACCAAAGGAAUGCAGACCUGAAGAUUUGACCCUUCCAGAGGACAGAUGCCUAAAUAUUCAUACUGCACACUGGUCAGCCUCAGUAGCUAUGAAUGCCAGUUUUUAAUUCUUCUUUGAAGCAACGUUUUUAUAGGAGCACAUACAUAAUGAGUAUGAUUGAAGCAUGGUUAUGCAUGAAAACCUUGUUCCUUACACAAACACUUUGGAUUUUUCUGUCUUUUCCGGGACUCCCUCAGGCUGGGCAUCUGCACUACCACACUUCCAUAGAAGUGGUGAUUCCCAUGAAGGUAACUGAGAAAAGCAAAGAAAUGAACCUUCCAAACUGGAUCUCCUAUAGUUUUAAACUUGGAGGCCAGAGGCACAUCAUCCACAUGAAAAUCAAGAAUCUUUUUCUAACUAGGCACCUCCCAGUGUUUACCUACUCUGAGCAGGACACUCUGCUUGAAGAUUACCCUUUUGUACAGGAUGACUGCUACUAUGAUGGUUAUGUGGAGGGUGACUCAGAAUCAUUAGUUUCCCUCAGUACCUGUUUUGGAGGCUUUCAAGGACUAUUAGAGAUAAAUAACAUUGUUUAUGAAAUUAUGCCCAAGAGGUUUUCUACCAAAUUUGAACAUCUGUAUAGUAAUAGAACAGAAUCAAGGAGUUCCAGCCUUAUGCAAGAUAACAUAACAUGCCAAGUAGAGUUACAAAACAGUGGUAAUCCCACUCUCAAGCAGAGUAAUUUUGAAGGCUGGUGGACUCAUACUAGAGUUGUUGAAUUAGUAGUGGUGGUGGAUAAGACUCUAUAUGACCACUAUGGACAUAAUUACACAAUAAUGCUGUCAGAUCUAUAUUCUGUGAUAAGUAUAGUAGAUACCAUUUAUGAGGUAAUUGGUAUUAAAACAUUAUUGGUUGGUUUGGAGAUUUGGAAUAAGAAAAACCCUAUCGUGAUAGAUGAUGUAAGAAAAUCUCUAAGACUAUAUUGCCGGUGGAAAGCCUCAAACUUUCUUCAUCGAUUAAAACAUGAUACCUCACAUCUUUUCAUACACAGUCACUUGAGAGGAUUAAGUGGCAUAGCUUCUACCACUGGGAUUUGUGAUAUAAAGCGCAGUUGUGCCGUUGUCACUUUCAAAGACAGAACUUUGAACCUUCGUGCCAUUGGAGUGGCUCAUCACUUAGGUCAUAAUUUGGGCAUGGGCCAUGAUGAAGAUACAUGUAAGUGUAGUUACAGUAAAUGUAUAAUGCACAUGAACAACCCACCAGUACCCAAAUUCAGCAAUUGUAGUUAUAACUACUUUUGGUCUUAUGCUAUACAAAACACAAGCUGUUUGAUGGAAAAUAUGUACACAAAGGAUAUCUUUGACACAACGCGCUGUGGAAAUGGAAUUGUUGAAGAAAAAGAACAAUGUGACUGUGGAUCUUUAAGGAAUUGUGCAAGUGACUUGUGCUGCAUGUCAAACUGCACUCUGAGUACUGGGACUUCCUGUGCCUUUGGACUUUGCUGCAAAAAAUGUCAGAUUUUACCAUCAGGGACUCUGUGUAGAAAAAGUGAAAAUGAGUGUGAUCUUCCAGAGUGGUGCACUGGAACAUCCUAUAAAUGUCCAGAUGAUGUUUAUGUGGAAGAUGGAAUUCACUGUGGGAUCUCAGCCUAUUGCUAUGAAAAGCGAUGUAAUGACCGCAAUGAACUUUGUAGGCAGAUUUUUGGCCAGAACGCAAAGACUGCAAAUGGACAUUGCUACAGAGAAAUAAACACUAAAGGUGAUCGUUUUGGUCAUUGUGGUAUUCAGGGACAUACUUACAUAAAAUGUGAAAGCAAUGAUGCACUUUGUGGGAGAAUUCAAUGUGAUAAUGUGAUAGAAAUUCCCCAUAUGAAAGAUCACAGUACUGUUCACUUUGCUGUUGUCAAAAAUGUAUCAUGUUGGGGCACUGAUUAUCACACUGGGACAAACCUAACUGAUAUAGGUGAUGUGAAAGAUGGCACAGAGUGUGAAAAACAUCAUAUCUGUAUCCAUAAGCAUUGUGUGCAUAUGUCUGCAUUAGACAGCAACUGCACACCUACGUUCUGUAAUUACAGGGGCAUCUGCAACAAUAAACAUCACUGCCACUGCAACAUCCACUGGGAUCCUCCUAACUGUAUGAUAAGAGGACACGGAGGUAGUGUAGACAGUGGCCCACCUCCUAAAGCAAAGAAAAAGAAAGAGUUUUUCUAUUUUUUUCCAUUAUUGCUCAUUAUUUUGGUUUCCUUUUUAUGUUAUCUUUAUUGGCUACUUUGUAUUAGAAAAAAAAGUAAACAAAAGCUCCAAGGUCAGCCUACACCUUUAAAAAUAUACAAAGUUGCAAACAAAGUUCCAACCCGAAAUCCUAGUCCAGAGCCUUCCCAGAGUCUACCUCAGUCAAGAAUACCAUCAAGAUCGGCUUCACCAACAUCAUCCAUAAAAAGUUACUGGCUAUAAUUUGAUUGAUAUUGCAACACCUCUGCUAUGGAAAUCAUCUUCCUAUGGGGAAAUAGGGUGUCCAGGAAAAGAAGGAGCAGAGAGUUUUACAUCUUGAUCCAAAGGCAGCCCGGAGAAGACUGUGCCAAUACUGGAUGAAGCUUAAGCACAGAGAACCUCAAAUCUCUCCUCCACAGUAACACACCUACUCCAACAAGGCCACAUCUCCAAACAGUGUGACUUCCUGUGGGCUAAGCAUUUAUACGCAUGACUCUAUGGGGGCCAUACCUAUUCAAACCACCACAGCUGUGCUAAUGGUACCAGGCUAGCUGCCUUUCACCUAAAGCCCCCAAAGCUUCCAAGGAACAUGUAUAAGACAUACUUUUCUUUUCAUAUAUUCUUGUUUUUUUAUGGUACUAAUUGUAGAUUAGACCUUAAAGUUGUCUUUGAAACAGAGGCCUAGAAACCUAGAAAAUCCCCCUAGACAACCCAAAACAAAGAGCUAAAUAUGAAGGAAUGAAGAACACAUGGUGAUGCAUCAUAGUUGUGGUCAUGCAGUUAAUGUUCUGCCAUGGAAAAGCUACAAGCUUGUGUAAGUAGAACAAAGAGAUAUUACUGUAAAUGACAAUAUGCGAGUCCUGUAUGGUUAGAUGCAACACCAGUCUGUAAUUAACAACAGCAGGUAUUCAAGAUCAGUAUCUAACAAAACGCAGAGGUUGACAGAGUGGAGAUUUGUUUUUUUGUUUGUUUGGUUGGUUUUGUUUUGUUUUUCAAGGCAGAGUUUCUCUGUGUAACUCUGGCUGUCCUGGAACUCACUCUGUAGACCAGGCUGGCCUUGAACUCAGAAAUCUGCCUGCCUCUGCCUCCCAAGUGCUGGGAUUAAAGGCAUAUGCUACCACCGCCUAGUGACAGAGUGGAGUUUCAACCAUAACUAACUGCAAAGGCAUGGCUUCAACUGUGCACAAUCCUCUUCCUGGUUGGUGGGGUUUCUAUGAACUCAGGAAAUAAUAUCUCAGAGAAUUAGCCAAUCUUAAUAGACAUUGCCUUAGGUUUUUCUCCAUUUUAUUGAAGAUCCUACUUUUCUGUAAUAACUCUUAAUAAAAUAGCAUUCCUCUGCA